CCCACUUUCCACUGAUCCAAUUCGACGCAGACUUAACCUGCCUGCAACCCGACACAUCACGAGAGUCGAAACGCCGACAACUCAGGCUGCGCACAUUUUGGCUCUCAGCAACAGCAUCCACAUCCAUCCAUCCCGACAACUAGACAUCGACAGUAGCCAGCCGCAAUCAUGGUCAAAGAGACAAAGCUCUACGACGCCUUGAACGUCAGCCCCACCGCGACCCAGGACGAUAUCAAGAAGGCCUAUCGGAAAGCCGCUCUAAGAUGGCACCCCGACAAGAACAAGGACAAUCCGGAAGCCGCUGAAAAGUUCAAGGAGUGCUCGCAAGCAUACGAGAUCCUGUCCGACCCGGAGAAGAGAAAGCUGUAUGACCAGUUCGGCCUCGAGUUCAUCUUGCGGGGCGGGCCCGUCCCGCAGGCCGAUGGUGGUGCCGGUGCGGGCGCGAACCCCUUCGCCGGCGGCGGCAUUCCCGAGGGCUUCGCAUCCUUCUUCAGCGGCGGCAUGCCUGGCGGCGGCAGCGCGCGCUUCUCGUACCACUUCACCGAUCCCAACGACCUUUUCCGGAACACGUUCCGCGACAGUGGCCUGGGCAGCGAUUUUGAAGACAUCUUCUUUAGUGGGCCGAGGUCUUCGACAGGCUCGACGAGCUCACGGAGAGGCAUGCGGGGUUCCUUUGGCGAUAACAUGCGAAGCGCGCGGCAACCGACGCCCGAGGUGACGACGGUCGAGAAGCCGCUGGCAGUAUCCCUCGAGGACCUGUACAAUGGCGUGACAAAGAAGAUGAAGAUUAAGCGCAAGAUGUUUGAUGAGACUGGCAAGCGGACCACGACCGAUGCACUGCUUGAGGUGCCCAUCAAACCCGGCCUCAAGAAGGGCAGCAAGAUCCGCUUCAAGGGCGUCGGCGACCAAGAAGAGGGUGGGCAGCAAGACAUGGUAUUCAUCAUUGAGGAGAAACCGCACCCCCUCUUCGUCCGCGACGGUGACGAUAUCGUUCACACGGUCGAGCUAGACCUCAAAGAGGCACUCACAGGCUGGAGACGGACGGUUACAACCAUCGACGGAAAGAGUCUCCCCAUCGAAAAGUCCGGCCCGACACAGCCCGGCAGCUCAGACACAUACCCGGGCCUCGGCAUGCCCAUCUCCAAGAAGCCCGGCCAACGCGGCAAUUUCAUCGUUAAAUACAACGUCCGUUUCCCCAUGACGCUGACGCCUACGCAGAAGCAGAAGCUAAGGGAAAUCUUGUAAAUUUCCCUUGCCCUGGAAGUGGCCCAUCACAGGGGGUGUUGCACUUCUGCACAUAUAAUGGUCUCACAGAUUUCACACGAAACCAUGACAUCGGCGUUCUGGAGUUCUCAUUACUUUUAAAUCUCUUCUCAUUCCUCGUUGACUGGUGGUAUUCGCGGCCGCAAGGAAGUGAGUUCACGGAAACGAAGGUGGGGUGGGGCUUGUCCUUGACGCAUUGCGUUGGGGGUG